AUGACCGUCUCCUACAAUUUGAUCGUGUCCAAUGUGGGGCUGUUGACAUGGCUGAAGCUAUUCUUUCGGUGGAGGGGAUCGAUUUGGAAAUCGGUAUGGGCAGAACUGGCAAUGUGGUUCGCCCUGUAUUAUGCUAUUUUAUUAAUGUACCACCUUGGAUUGAGUGAUGGUCAGCAGAAGCACUUUGACCAAUUCGCCACCUACAUCAACACGAACAUUGAGCGGUUGCCGAUCAUAUUUAUGCUCGGCUUCUUCGUUACUUUGGUGGUGAACAGGUGGCAGAAGAUCUACGAGAAUUUGGGAUGGAUUGAGGAUACGGCGCUUUUGAUGUCCUGUCUAAUCCAUGGGGAUGAUGAGGAGACGAUUCUGGCGCGACGUGCCAUUGUGAGAUACGUUUGCGUAGGGCAGUUAAUGGUAUUCCGUGACAUAUCUCUAAGAGUUCGCAGAAGGUUUCCGAGCCUAGAGUCACUGGUCGAAGCUGGAUAUCUAGAAAAAAGUGAGCUUCGCGAGAUCGAACAGGUCCCAAUGAAAUACAACAAAUAUUGGUUGCCCUUCAAUUGGGCGCUUUGUAUCAUUUAUGAACAGCGGCUUCGCGAGAAAAUUCCCGGGGAUCCGAGUUUGCAGAGUUGUGUUCAGGAGGUCAAACGCUUCCGUGACUUCAUGCAGACGUUGAGCAACUACGACUGGGUCCCAGUUCCUCUAGCUUAUCCACAGGUCGUCUUUUUUGCUUUCCUAAACAUCUAUUUCCCGCUCACCACGAGUUUGCAAUUUGUUUUCUACAUCGGCUGGAUGAAGGUAGCUGAAUCCCUCCUAAACCCACUGGGCGAAGAUGACGACGAUUUUGAAACAAACUACCUUCUUGACAAAAAUAUUAGUACGGCGAUGGCCAUCGUCGAUUCAACCUCGCAAAAGCAUCCGCCCUUGAUCAGGGAUCGAUUUUAUCACCACAAAUAUCUACCCGGGCUAAAGGAUGAUGAGGAGGAUAUCGUUGGAUCUGUUGCGCAUUUGAAGAUGCCAAAUGACGAGCCCCGCCUUUCUAUCAGCUCCAUCCGGCAGUCAAUUCGCAGCCUCAGAAAGAGAAUUCAACCGGAAGCCGUCGACGACUCGGAGAUCUCGCACAAAAUA